AUGGAGAAAACCGAUGGGAUGACGGAUUGGCGGAAGAUUAUCAUCUCGGGAAUUAUUUGGCUGCUGUCGGCUGUGGAAGACCAUAUUAUUGGGGUUAGCGAGUGGCCGUAUAUGAGUACGAUCGACCCGAAGGCCACGACUUCAUUUUUCGGGGUAGCGACAGCAAUGUCCCAUGCCGGACAUGCUAUCGGAGCUAUGGUCUUUGCACUUUGGCGGAGACGCUUCAAGACAGCAAAGCAUGAAGUAUUCCCCGAAAAUCGACGAUACUUGAUGAUGGUCUGCUACUUCUUGUUCGGCUUGGGAUUAGGUUCAAUGUCCGUAAUUCGGAGCUACAUAGCCGACGUCUCCACUGAGGGGGACAGGUCUCGAGCGUAUGCGGUCACAAAUUGUGCCGGUCUGAUGGCGAUCGUGCUGGGGCCAGUGAUCCAGCUCGCCUUCUCAGCGAAAACGUUCGAAUAUCCUGGGCACAACAUCAUCGGCCACAAAAUCCUCUUCAACUUUUAUACAGCACCCAUCUAUUUUGCCACCGGCAUGAAUAUCAUUGCCAUCCUGGCAACGCUAUUCUUCUUCGUCGACGUCCGCAAAGAGCAGUUGCCGACAAUUAGCCCGGUCGGCUCAUUCUGGGAGCAGAUCCAGCUUCUCCUCAAAAGAAGCGGCGUCGUCUGGCCGAUCGUGCUGUUGUGUCUCUUCCAAAUUGUUUCCACGAGAAUUACGUCGAUUACCGUGGGCACUGUCACAGCCCCGCUCUUCAUGUCGGGCUACGGUUGGGAUGGUCACAAAACCGUGAUGGUCAUGGCAAUUGGACAGGCCGUCGUCGGCAUCAUUUGCGUGGCCAUCGCUGCUCUUUUUGUUUUUGCCCGAUUGGGACAGCGGAUCCACGCCCGUAUCACAUUCAUGUUCGGUCUAGUCAUCACCGUCGGGCUGUACAUUAUCACUUACCCGUGGCCAAAGAUUACCGUACCUGUUGCGGUAUGGAAUGAAACUUCGGGACUGGGCUGCAAUCCAAAAGAGUACGGGUGGUGCGAUGGCCACGUCACCCAGCCGGCCAUUUGGAUCACGUUGCUAGUCCUUGUGAUGGGAGCCGGUCUGCCCUUCCUGAUGAUCUCACUCGACACCAUUUAUUCGAAGGUGCUGGGCAGCGGCGAUCAGAGCAUGCUGCAAGGUGUAAAUAUGCUGGUAGAAGAUCUCACCCUCGUCAUUGGUGCUAUUUAUUCGACAGCCAUCUUUACGAAAUCGGGUCAAGGAAUCCUCUGGAUCGUCAACGGGAGUAUCACGUUUAUCGCGGCAGCACUUUGGAUAGCCUCUUACCGAGCGCUAGCGCCUUAUAGA